CUUACCAAUGCCGUCGUCCAAGGUCGGUGUCGAGCGCGGCCCGUCGCCGGAUGCUGUGCCGCGCUUUGCCGUGGCGUACCACCAGGGUGCUGUGGCCCUCAGCGUCCUUGUCUCGUGCUUGAUCGUCGCCAUGCCGUUUGAAGCGUACAUCUCCGAGACGCUGCCGUGGGCAACAGCACUGCCCGUGCCCCACGAUCUAAGCAACCUCACGCUCUUCAACCAAACGGCACUUGCGACGCACCAAGCGCUCUACACUCGAUCGACGCUGCCGCUCGGCGCACCCUAUUAUUUCGACGUCUCGCGCAACGCUCACGUGUGCCGCCACGUCAUUUCGACGGCCAACAACCGCAGCACGCUGGUCUUCGAGCUGAGCACCGCGCUGGCACUGCGUGGCCACCGGGACGACUUGGCGCUAGACCAUGCGUGGCGCUACGUGGUCGUCAUCGGUGAUCCGACCGCGCCGCUCGUCAUUGACGCGUACGUCGUCACCGCAUUUUUUGUCGAUUUUUCGCUCAGUCCGCACAUGGUGGCCGUGGCGGUACUGCGCUUGCUUCAAGUCAACGAUCUUUGGGCGGCACUCAAGGCAGCCAUUUACCUGUUUCGCAUGGUACGAUAUACACGAUUGUCUAUACUAUGUUGGACGAUUUUGUAG